AUGGCGGACGACGAUUAUAUCGUCUCGCCGAUGACUGAGACACCGUACGUGUACGAUGACGACACGUACAUCGAAAAGUACAAAAACACCAACGUCGAGGUCGUUCAAGAGGCCGACAUCGUCGACGAGACUUCCUUCAUCCACGAGAACAUGAAGCUGAACACACCUCACCCGCCGCUCAGCCUGUUCAAGAAGGACCCACUCGAGUACAUCAUGGAGUUCAUGUUCUUGCCGCGCCCGCAGCGCCUCCGCGAGUGCGACUGGGAGUUCUGGUGCCUUCACUGGCAGCCGGUCACGUUCCACAUGCUGGAGAUCUGCACCGAGUACUGCUCGCAGAAGAACGUCGACCUCAUGAACGAAAACGCCGAGCUAGAGCGCGAGCUCAAGCGCCUUGGUCCGCGCCGCACCGCCGUGCUCACCACUGAAGUUUACGAGGCCCAGACCAUCGAGCGCACCAGGAACCCGACCAAGGAGGGUGAGCAGCCGUGGAACCGCGAAGACCACAUGUGGUGCAUCUGCGAGGGCACCAAGAUGUUCCCCAAGAAUCUGGCUAAGAACCAGCGCUUCAAGGAGCGCCUCGGCCUUCCCGUCCCCGGCGUGGACUACGAGGUCAUCCGUGGCGCUGUCCGCAACGAGCUCGAGACGCUGCAGAACAUGCCCGACCGCGCCAUUGCCCCACCCGCCGAGGCCAACAAGAAGAAGAAGAAGCCCGCUCCGGCUUCCAAGGUUGGCGGUGUCCGUCGCAAGGCGCCCAAGAAGAAUAACAAGCGCAACGCCCCCGACGUAGAUGAGGAAGAGGAGGACGAGAUCCCCGCGGCCACUUACAGGUCGCCCUUUGUCGUCAAGGUCACGCCGGCUACCGCUACCGCUACCGCUGCCACCCCAGCUGCUGCGACCGCCUCCGCUAGCCACAAGCGCAACACGUCCAAGCGCACUGUCCAGGAAAACCCCAGCGAUGAGGAGUACGUCCCUUCUUCCAAGAGGAAGCCCAAGUCGACGAACAACAAGAAGAAGGGCCAACAGAAGCCCGCCGCUGCCGAUGCCGACACGCCCACCACGACGCCCUUCCGCGGUCGCAAGAAGAGCGGCUUUCAGGCCACGGCUGCGGCUGAGAGCAAGAUGAGUGCUGCGGCUGAGAGCAAGUUGCCCAAGGGUAGCGGCAUCACCGUCAAGGGCGAAGAUAACGUCAUUCGCCGCCUGGGUUCGCCCAUCCACUUCAAGGAUCCUGCUACGUUCGCUCCCUAUUCCGAUGACGACUGGUUCAUGGCAUCGGACUCAGACGUGAGUCUCUCUUGGUUGUUUGAAGACGAGAUCAGGGAGGAGCUUGAGACCUACGACUCGGACGACUCUCAAAGGACGGUCACGCCAUACAACUACUGCAGUCCUGCCAACAACUGCAACCGCGAUAGCGAAUGUUGA